AUGCUCAGGUUUGAGGAAGAGAACGUGGUAGGAAGAGCCCUCACCAAGGAAGCCAGAAAAGCUGCCGACUUCGCUGUCUCUGAAUUAAGACAACAGCUUCGAAUUCGGGGCCUGCCUGUGUCAGGCACCAAAACGGCCCUCAUGGACCGGCUUCGACCCUUCCAGGACUGCUCUGGCAACCCAGGGCCGAACUUUGGGGAUAUAACGACUGUCACUUUUCCUGUCACACCCAACACGCUGCCCAAUUACCAGACUUCUUCCACCAGUGCCCUCUCCAAUGGUUUCUACCACUUUGGCAGCACCAGCUCCAGCCCCCCGAUCUCCCCAGCCUCCUCUGACCUGUCGGUCGCCGGGUCCCUGCCAGACACCUUCAAUGAUGCCUCCCCCUCCUUCGGCCUGCACCCGUCCCCAGUCCACGUGUGCACGGAGGAAAGUCUCAUGAGCAGCCUGAAUGGGGGCUCUGUUCCUUCUGAGCUGGAUGGGCUGGACUCCGAGAAGGACAAGAUGCUGGUGGAGAAGCAGAAGGUGAUCAACGAACUCACCUGGAAACUCCAGCAAGAGCAGAGGCAGGUGGAGGAGCUGAGGAUGCAGCUUCAGAAGCAGAAAAGGAAUAACUGUUCAGAGAGGAAGCCGCCGCCUUUCCUGGCUGCCUCCAUCAAGCAGGAACAGGCCGUCUCCAGCUGCCCUUUUGCAUCCCAAGUACCUGUGAAAAGACAAAGCAGCAGCUCAGAGUGUCAACCGCCGGCUUGUGAAGCGGCUCAACUCCAGCGUCUUGGAAAUGCUCAUUGUGUGGAGUCCUCAGAUCAAACCAAUGUACUUUCUUCCACAUUUCUCAGCCCCCAGUGUUCCCCUCAGCAUUCACCGCUUGGAGUUGUGAAAAGCCCACAGCACAUCAGUUUGCCCCCAUCACCCAACAACCCUCACUUUCUGCCCUCAUCCUCCGGGGCCCAGGGAGAAGGACACAGGGUCUCCUCGCCCAUCAGCAGCCAGGUGUGCACUGCACAGAACUCAGGAGCU